AAAAAAUUGCAGUUUACAUAUUUGUGAUAUAAAAAAGUUAUUUAUUUAAUAAAAUUUGUGAUAUAUAGAAAAUAACUAUAAUAUUGAAAAUUUUGAUAAAAGUGAAGUUUUGUAACUCAAAUCAUGAAAUUAAAUAAUCUGUGAGGAAACUAUUGCUAUUGGUAUAAUCGUUUUCAUGAUGGUAUUUUGCUAUUCUAAUAUGUAUGUAUGUUAAAGGAAGUAUACACACGUGUUACUGACGAACAUAACCUCUUCGCAAGAUAUGUAAAUAAAAGUACACUAUUCGUAAAACAUAAUUAAGUUUUUAUAUUAAUUUAUGAAAAAUGAGUAACACCCUAAAAGAAGUUGGAGUACAGAUGGUAAAUAUAUCUUCUGUCAAAAGUAUGGUACAGUGUCCAUAUUAUCAAUACAGAAUGGCUUAGUAAUAUCUUAUUUGGGAGAAAGUAAUAACAAUGAAGAAGAAGAUACAAUCAACACAUUUAUUGCAAGUGAUAAUGACUUAAACAUUAUCACAUAUCAUAAAAGUGGUCUUUUUAAAUUAUGGAACUGGAAAGUUAAUAAAUUAAUUAAAUUAUGGAAAUCUAUUCAUAAGGGUCCUGUAGUUCAUAUUGCUCAUUCUGUUGAAAGAAAUUUGAUGGCUUCUGGAGGUACUGAUGGUAGUGUCAGAUUGUGGGAUUUACAACAUCAUACUUGUACUCAUAAUCUAAAAGAAAUUCAGGGAAUUACAAGUGUUUUAGCCUUUCAUCCAAAUAUUGAAAAAGAGCUCAUUUUUGCUGCUGGUGAUGAUAUCAAAAUUCAUGGAUGGAAUAUUAAAACUGGAAGAAAAGAAAUUACUCUUUCUGGACAUUUCAGUAAAAUUACUUCUUUAUCCUUUCUCAAGAAUGAGAAUUAUUUAGUUAGUUCAGGAAGAGAUAGAGUUCUCAUUUUAUGGAAUCUUUCUUCUGCAUCGUCAAUACGAAUUUUACCAGUUUACGAGGAAAUAGAAGAUACAUUUAUUAUUCCUAAAAAUGCGUUAGUGCCCGUACCUUUUUAUGAUAAAGAUGAAAAUGCUGUACACGUCGCUGCUGCGGGGGAAAAAGGAGUUGUAAAAAUUUGGGAAAUGAAAACUGGGAAAGAAGUGUAUAUACAAAAAAAUUCCAUUGUAUCAACUGCAAAAGAACCUGGAAUUUUGUCAAUUACGCGUUUACUUUACAAUCCUGCUAGUAACAACUUUGCUGUAGUUACAGUUGAUCACAAUAUAAUUAUUCAUUCAUUAAAAACAUUUGAUUAUGUGAAACAGGUUACACUGAUGAGAUUUUAGAUGUUGUAUAUCUUGGAAAUAAUGGAAGUCAUAUGGCAAUUGCUACUAAUAGUAAUGAUAUAAAGUUGUACAAUAUUUUAACUAUGGAUUGCGAAUUACUACGUGGCCAUACAGAUAUUGUAUUAUCUCUUUCUACUACACUGGACAAUAGUAUUCGGAUAUGGCUUAUGGAUAAAGAAACAAGUAAAGUUUCUUGCAUUGCAUCUGCUAUUAGACAUACUGCUUCUAUUGGUUCUGUAGAAAUUUCUCAAAAAUCUGCAAAAUUUUUUGCUACUGUUAGUCAAGAUUCAUGUCUUAAAUUAUGGAGUUUGCCCGAUAAUAUUAAUUUUGAAGACACAUGCUCUUUAAAUGUUAUUCAUACAACAUUAGCUCAUCAGAAAGACAUUAAUAGCGUUACUAUUUCACCAAAUGAUAAAUUAAUUGCUACUGGAUCUCAAGAUAAAACAGCUAAGUUAUGGUCGGCUGAUGAUUUACAAUUACUUGGUAUAUUUCGAGGUCAUCGUAGAGGAGUUUGGUGUGUUCGAUUUUCACCUGUAGAUCAAGUACUUCUGACGACAUCGGCAGAUUGUACACUAAAAAUUUGGUCACUGACAGAACUUCAAUGUUUGAAAACAUUGGAAGGUCAUGAAUCAUCAGUAUUAAAAGCAGAAUUUUUGUCACGGGGGAUGCAAAUAAUUAGUGCAAGUGGAGAUGGUCUUUUGAAACUUUGGAAUAUUAAAACAUCGGAAUGUAUAUGUACUUUAGAACAGCAUGAAAGUCGCGUAUGGGCACUUGCAGUUAGCAAAAAUGAGAAGAAUAUUAUCAGUGGUGGAAGUGACUCAUUGCUAGUUAUUUGGAAAGAUGUAACUGAGGAAAAGAAAAUAAAAGCUGCAAUAGAAUUAGAACAACUUGCACUGGAAGAACAAAAAUUAGCAAAUUUACUAAAAGCAGAUAAAUUAACUUCUGCGUUAAAAAUAGCUUUAAAGUUGGAACCCAUAUUAAAGAAAAAUGUCUCCAUUGAAGAAACAAUUAAUAAAUUAAAACCAAUGUAUAAAGAAGAGCUACUGAAGUGUGCUAUUACGUGGAACGUCAAUAGUAAAAAUUGUCAAGUUGCUCAGGUAGUCAUAAACGCAUUAAUGAUGGAAAUGGAAAAUUUGGAAUUUCAAACAAAAUUAACUUCCACAUUGGAAUCUGUGAUACCAUAUACUGAACGUCAUUAUAUAAGAAUCACAAAAUUGUUACAAAAUCUUCAUUUAUUUACUUAUACUCUCAAUCGUAUGAAACCACAUAUGACAUCCAUAGAAAUGAACUAAGCAUAUAUCUAACGAAUAAGUUCCGAAAAUUUUUAUAUUUUUUAAAAUGAGUCUUUAUUUUCUAUAUAAAAAUCUUAUAUAAACUAUAUAUAAGCCAUAUAUAAACUUUUAAUAGUUUAUAAUAUAAACUGUUGUGAUGAAAAAUGAAAAGUGAUUGAGUUUUAAAUAGUUAACUGUUUUACAAGAAUAAAUCGUACAAAAAAGUAACAUUUAAUAUUGUAAAAUCUGUAAUACUUAUUACAUAGUAAAUAAU